CACUUUUAUCCUUGUCAAAUGAUAGGUUUAGACCUCGUCGUCGUUCCGUUUCAGCUGUGAAAUUCGUCGUUUUUAGGCUUCGAGAUCAUGAAUGAUUUUUGUAUAUAUUUAUUUCUUCAUUUAUUCCGUUUGUAACAAUUUAUUUAAUACUUUAUCAUGAGAAUGCGAAAGUAGGCGUUGAUUAUUUUUGUGCAGUUUUAAGAUUUCGUUCGGGGAAAUUUUGAGUAUUUACACCGUAUGUUUUAUUGGCUGAACACGAUAUCGUAGAAUGUUGAUAGUAUGCAUAAAUUGUUGAGUUUUAUCUCUGUGUGAAUCCUUACUAUGAUCAUAUCAGAAGGUGUUUCAUGAGCAGCAUAUUUUGGUUUCUUUGUUUGCUAUCAAUUUAGGCUUGAUAAUUUAAUAAUUAAGAUUAAAUUUGUGUUUGUGUUUUGGUUAUUUAGUUAUCUGUCUGCUGCGGAGUGUGACUAUUAGAUUAUUUAUCGCCGAUGUGUUAAGCGAGGCUCGAGUUCCACUUUGCCAUAUAAUUGUAUCUCAUUUGUUGCUAUAUAUUUGCUUGUCAUAAUAAUUAUUUGCAUGAUACUAUGUUGGUUUUGCGUUCGGUGGAUAAAUUUUGUCGUUAUGAAGUACAAUGGCCUUUCUUUUUGAGGUAAACCUGUCCCGAAGCAUGGAGUUGUUUUUCAUCCCUUCAAGUUAUACGGAAGGAGUGAAAUUGGAUAAUCCAGAUUGUAAAAUAGUGACAUGAUUGUUCCGGUGAUUUGUUAUUUGGACUUGCCUAAGUGUUGUAGAUAUAAGGUAUAGUAUAACAUGAAUGUGCAGUGCCACUUUUAGCUACAUGGAUGUCAAGGUCACGAGUGAAAUGGAAUGAAGAUAAUAUAGCAGAAAUCGAGGCAAAUAAACCGGUCAGGCAGAAAAUAACUGAACCAAAGACACCGUACCAUCCCAUGAUUGAUGAUGAAGAAUGUGUUGAUCCAUCAUCUCCUUCGAGAAGUGGAGGCUUUGGGGAUUAUUUUGAAGAUGCACUGAAUAUACUAGCGACAUCUUCUUCAUUGAAUGAUGUAGGCUCCUCUAGUAAAUCUGGCUCGCAUCUCUCGGAUUGGACAUCAUCUGAUGAUGACACAGAAGCAAUGGAUCAAGAUUCUGAUUCCGAGAGGUGCAGGAGCUUCAAGGAGCACAGGAAAGAUCAUUAUGACGAGUUUCUCAAAGUCAAAGAGUUGCGUCGAAAUGGAUCCCAUCUGGAAGACGCUUCUGACGAUGAACCCUCGAUAACUGCCGGUGUCAAAGACAUCGAUAUUGAGGAACCAUCGCGACCGGAAAAUGGAUCUUAAUAUCCGCUCUUUAGAUCCUUGCUGGUGACUUUAAAACUGAUGAAUUCUGUUUUGCAAUUUGUAACAUGGCCGCUUCAUUCAGCUUUGGUUUUGUAAGCAAAAAAAUUGAUCUUUACUGGAAUGAUACGUUGAUUGGUAUUCAAGAACUUGUCACUUGUAAUUUUAA